UAAUAAUAAUAAUAAUAGAUUGAAGAAUCCUUGCAAGUAAGCAAAAAAAAUUAAAAUUUAUUCCAAUUUUUUUUUGGAACCUAUCAGGGCUUGUCUCCAACCUUUGCUAUUGACAUUACGCACAUAUAUAUAUAAAUAUUGAUAUUUUUGAUCUGCUGAAAUUGCUAUUGUUUUGGAAUCCGUCGAGACGUUGACUCUUCCGAUUUGCGAUUGACAUUAAAGUGAGGAAAGGAUCACCUUGACCUGCGAUCUGGGAAAAUUAAUGUUUUGGGUCCAUUGGUUUUGCUGCAGAAAAAAAAAAGACUGCCAUUGCGAUUGACACCUUGCAAAAAAGACUGCAAUUGUGAUUCGACACCUUGCAAGAAACCAGCCGUCAAGUGUGGACAAAGGCUGUUGUCAUUCAGAUAGAUAAUAUAUAUAUCUAUAUAUUGCAUUUUGCUCCAUUUUGACACUUUAUUGUGUUUGUUUGCUCCCGGCGUUCCAGGACGGUCUGCGCACCCUUGCCGUUGAUUGACACCGAGCACGACAACAAAACCGGACCCGAAAUUGAUGUGCUGCUAAAUCCUCUUUGGGCCGCGAAAUGGGGAAAUCCAACAGCAAGUUGAAGCCCGAAGUGGUGGAAGAACUGACCCGGAAAACCUACUUUACAGAGAAGGAGGUCCAGCAAUGGUACAAAGGCUUCAUCAAGGACUGUCCCAGUGGGCAGCUGGACGCGGCCGGCUUCCAGAAGAUCUACAAGCAGUUCUUCCCUUUUGGGGACCCCACCAAGUUCGCCACCUUCGUCUUCAACGUCUUCGACGAAAACAAAGACGGGAGGAUCGAGUUCUCCGAGUUCAUCCAGGCCUUGUCUGUCACCUCCCGGGGAACCUUGGACGAGAAACUGCGCUGGGCUUUCAAGCUCUACGACCUGGACAACGACGGCUACAUCACCCGUAACGAGAUGCUGGACAUCGUGGAUGCCAUUUACCAGAUGGUGGGCAACACGGUGGAGCUUCCCGAAGAAGAAAACACGCCGGAGAAACGGGUGGACCGGAUCUUUGCCAUGAUGGAUAAAAACGCGGACGGGAAGCUGACCCUGCAGGAGUUCCAGGAGGGCUCCAAGGCCGACCCGUCCAUCGUGCAGGCGCUCUCGCUCUACGACGGACUCGUAUAAUUGUGCCACGCGUACACACGCACCCCUCCGCCAAGAAGCUUUGUGCCAUCCGACCCUCCUUUUUUCGACAUCAGCGAGGGAUCGAACCCAGAAAAAUGAUCCUUUUUUGCGCUUGAUCGAUCAACCAACCAACCCGUCCGUCCGUCUGUCCGUCUCCGUUUUGCAUUUUUGAGAAAAUGAACUUGGCGAAGGGAAAAAAAACAGAAUUAUGACAAUAUUACGCUUAUUGUUUUCCCCAGUUUGAAUGGGUCGAAUCGCGUUAUAUUCCGCAUCCCCGAGACUUUGCAAAGAGAGGAAAGGUACCGUUUAUUUCUAGGAAUAUAUAUAUAUAUAUAUAUAUAUAUAUAUAUAUAUAUAUUCACCUACAUAUCAGAGAUUUCAAUGCUUUUGUGUUAAAAAAAAAGUCCGAAACAAUCGAUAUAUUUAUUUGCUGCUGCUGCUGCUAUUUGGUGGAUUGCACGGUUUACACAAAUCUGGAAAACGAAGCCAAUAAUUAAUUAAUAAUAAUAAUAAUAAUAUGUUUGUUUUACGGCUGGGUUUCGGAAAAGGAUCAAUAUUGCAUUUUUAAGAAACGUGUUUGUAUUAAUUAAUUAAUAAUAAUAAUAAUAAUAAUAAUAAUAAUAUUUUUGUUUUACGGCUGGGUUUCGGAAAAGGAUAAAUACGUGUUUGUUGGCAUUUGCAUCCAUUCCUGCAACGGAAACAAAACAAAAAACCAAUGCAAAAAAAAAAAUCAUCAUCCUCAUCAUCAUCCUUUAUGAUAUUUCUCUUCUGCAAUUAUUUCUGUCUUGCCUUGUUGGGAUUUGCAGAAUGCUGUCUUUUCGAUAUUUAUGUCUGUAUAUAUAUUUCUUUUUUUCUGUCCUUUUGCUGUAUAACGGAAAUAAUCCCAAAGUGUUUCUCUGCAUGAAACAAACAAACAAACAAAAAAGCGUGAAUGCGGCCGGUUAUUUGUCAAAGCUUUAAAAAAACAAAGACAUUUCUUCUUGUUCUUCUUUCUCAAAAGGAAUGACAAAAAAAUAAGAAACGGAAAAAAAAACGGAAA